AUGGCAAAUAAUAAUAGAGGUCGUCGUUUGGUUGAAUUGUCACUUAAUACUGACGAAGGUACUAAUUUAGAAGCUAGUAAAAAAAGUUAUUCACAAGAUAGAGAUAAAAGUAGCACAUCAGGUUUAAAGCGGAAAAGGGCGAGCUCUUUAUAUACGGCAGUAGAAGUGGAACCUAAGAAUAUUCGGCGAAAUUCUAUUGAAACACGAUGCCCAAUAUUGCCAUUCCCACAUUCUGUUCAAAGUAAACAACAACUAUUCAAUCAGUCUCCAGUACUUUGCACAUCUUCUAGUGGUGUAGUUAAAACUUGGUCUGUCGAAAAUGUGUCAGAAUUACAUUCAACUUCGAAGACCAUUGUAAUCGAUCGUUGGUUGCCCUAG